UGUGUGUGUGUGUGUGUGUGUAUCUCCGUGUGUGUGUGUAUCUCCGCGUGUGUGUGUGUCUCCGUGUGUGUGCGUGUGUGUGUGUGUGUGUGUGUGUGUGUGUGUGUGUGUCCUUGUCCAUGGGGUGUCGCCACUGAGCAGUCAUGGAUCUGAAAGUGUUUGGAAACUCCCUUCUAAUUCUCACCUGAAACAUCUCUUCAGGAUUAGGCAGCAAAGAGGAACAACUGAGUCCCAGAGUAGUGCACAGUCUUUAAAGGCUGUUCUGGCUGGUCUCUGAAUGUUCAGAAUCCUGCUCUAUGUGGAGAAAGAGUUUUCCAAGAAAACUGGAAUGUUGCGGAAAUGUCUCACCUGAACUUUCCAGACGAGAUUCACACGGACUGUCCGAUGUAAACGGAUUUUACCGCGCCGAACAAGGAAACCGAGGGAUCCGAAAGUUAAAGAGGUGCGUGAUGUCAUCUGGUCGUGAGUCUGUGGGGGACCUGAUUCCUCCAGAUAUGCUGCAGGUGUUCAAUGAGCGGCAGGGGGGACGGGGCAAGCAUGGAAGGCGACGGGCUGGAUCCUUCAGCCGCGCGUUCAAGUGGUUAAAGAGGCAGCGCAGGAAAACCCGCCGACAUGCGACAGAUAUACAUGGAGACCUGCUUGCACCUGGAUCGCCUAUAGAGUUACCAAAAUCAACACUUAACACAGGCCAUAAAGAGGAAGCUAUGGGCUCUGUUUCUCUCCAAGAGUUCCAGGAAAAUGUGUUUGUUGAAGGGAAUCGGCCUAAGCACCUGUUGGACCUGCAUACAGAGGCCCAGCAGGGCCUGAAACUGCUCCAGCAGGAGGAUGAUAAGAAUGGGAUAGACUACCCUGAUGACCAAAGUAUGAUUUCAACGGUAACAGCUCAGACUGAAGACAGCAUGAGUUUCAGUGAGCUGAGAGGAUUAGAGUCUGAGAGCACAGCUGGCGACACUGUUUCGACACACUCCUCCAUCUCCACACGUUCAACACGCUCUGGACUCAGACGCCAAGCCUCAACAUUCAGUCCUCUGAAGCCAGAUAAAACUCAGGAGAAGCCCAAGUCUCGUAGGAAACACAUGAGAACUAUUGUGGGAAUUCCACGACACAUCCAGAGAGAACUGGGGUUGGACCGGGCAGCAUGGAUCACCACCCAUUCUCUUGAUGAUCAGCUGUCCAUCGAAGGUUUUAUCCUACCCACCAUCAUUUCCACUGUGGAUGGUGGAUCCACCAGCUCUGAACAAGAGAGUGUACAAGGGCAUCUUCAGGAAGCAGGGAACUUACACACAGUUAAGGAAGAGAAUGCAGAGCUCCCCACACUGGUCAAACCCAAUGCUGAGAUUGCCCUCCAAUGGCUCAUGAACCACCCUACAGAUCCAGACAGGCCUGGAGUAGGCCCAUUAACUGUUCCUUGGUUAACCACAUCAGGGACUCCAUCAGAGAACCCUUCCAGUGCAGUGAUGUCCAUGUCACCUCAAGCCACAUACUUGUCUAAAAUAAUUCCAAAUGCUGUACUUCCCCCAUCUGUGGAUGUUGUGGAACUCAGUCGCAACCAUAGUCGCAGCAGUGUCCGAACCGUCAGUAAAAGCAGCCUGGCGUCAGCCAGCCCAGCAUCUACCCGAGCUUCAUCCAGAGUCUCUUCAAAUCAUUCCACAAUCCAUUCCAACUACUCUGGCUGGAGCUGUUCGGGAUCUUCAGAAACUUUAGUGUCAAAUUCCUCCACCCUUUCCACCAGUAGCACUCCCCGUGUGGCCAGCAGAGGAAGUGAGGUUGAAAACACAUAUAGAGAUGCCAUGCGAAACAUUCCGAGCCACGGUUCCCAUGUAGCCUUCAAAGCAACUCACGUGAAUAGGGACAUUACAGAUGAGGAAGACCGCAAAAAGACAGGAUCUGCUGGGACUUUCUCACAUAGUCUGUCAGUGAUGAAAAGGAGCAAGAGACCUCCAGUUCCACCCAGCAGGUCAUAUUCAUUACACAAUAAGAAACAGAGAUCUAAGGGUCCUUACUUGUGUGAUGCCAGCACUCUGGAUGGAUCAUCAAACUCUGUUGCCAUUACCCCACCAUAUCCUAUCAAUGGGGAAAAGGCAAUUGGUGCAGAUGAGUCCAAAUCCACUGACUCUAAGUUGAAGGCUGGCACAUACAAAUUGAAUGGCCACCCAUUUCUUCCAUCAAAGGAGAACCAAAUAACCAGCACAGACAGCAAGAAAACCUUGCUAGAAAAGCUUAAGAUGAGAAAUUACCAGCAAAUGUCUUCUGUCAGCUCAAUUUAUUCAUACACAAAUGGAACCAGUAAGCUCGCUCAACUGUUUGACAUUCCAGCCCAUCCCAAAGUACUGGCUCCCCCAGCGCCCCCUCCAGAGACCUGGGCUCAUAACCAGCACACUUUUGAACUGCUGUGUGGGCCAGGACCUGUUAACUAUGCACGUUGGGCCAAAAAUAGAGGUCUUAAAAUUGUAGAUGAACCAGACUAUAGGGCCUCGGCAAAUGCACACAACAAAGUAAAAGUACCAUUUAUGCUACAUCCAGUAGAGCUAAAAAGCAAUGUUGAAUCCUUAUCCAAAGCCUCUGUCCAUGCCCCAUCUCCAUCACCUCCUCCAGAUCAUCACCCACCAAUACCAAUCACAAGCCAAGCCAAGCCCGCUGCUCCCUCCCCAGAUAAUGUUCCUUCAGUCCCUGCACUGGCUGCCAAAGCCAUAAAGCACCUGACGUCUUGGAUCCCUCCACCACCUCUAUUUCCCGCUCCUGCCCCUCCAGUAGGCCCAGCUUCUGCAACUUUUGUUGCUGUGCAAAAUGAUACUGGCUUCCCUUCACCACCCCCUCCAUUUUCACCAAAUACUUUACAGACAAUGCCUCAGUUACCACCAGAUGUUCCACUGCCACCACCGCAAGAAGUUCCACCUACACCACCACCGCAAGAAGUUCCACCUACACCACCACCGCAAGAAAUUCCGCCUACACCACCACCGCAAGAAAUUCCACCUACACCACCACCGCAAGAAAUUCCACCUACACCACCACCACCACCACAAAAAGUUCCUACUCCACCACCAGUAGUUCCACCGACACUACCUCCACAAGAAAUUCCACCACCACAAGAAUUUUCAACUCUGUCAAUACAAAUAGUUCUACCUCCACCACUGUUACUACAAAAAGUUCCAUCUCCACUAUCACUAAAAUGUCCAACUCCACCAUCACAAGAUGUUUCCCCUAUUACACCACCAGAAGUCCCCACUUCACCAACAAAUUCAGCACCACUUUCUGCAACACAGAAAAUCCCACCCCCUCCACCAGAAGCCCGACCUUUGAAACAGAGCGUAACAUCAGUUCUGACUUCUGAUCUACAACCAUAUGUUCCUCGACCUCCUCCGCUGCCCACUGAUGUAAAGAUAGAGGCCAAAAUAACUAUGACAGAAAAAGUGGCAAAACAGCCAAGCAGUCCCACUAAUGCCAAGGAGGAGACAUCUGGUCCUGUGGUCACCCAGUCUCUCCUACAGAUGGUUCGUCUCAGGUCAGUUAAGUCCAGUCAGAGCCAGGCUGUAGAUCCUGAGAAACGUUCACCCCCCAAACAAAUGUCAGGUGUUAGUCAAGAUGCGCCUCCAAAGCCAAUCAGGCAUUCUUUGAUUAUUAAUUCACUGUCCCCGGAUGUGGAAGCUCUGUCUAGCACCGAGCUAAAAACUGAAGCUCCAUCCCCCAAAACAAAUCUAACCAUUGCAUCAAACACUCAGCAAGGAUCAACUAAAUCAAACACUCAAUCAGUUAUAAUUGCUCAGAAAACGCAAAUAACGAGCCUUGAGCCAUCAGCUACAUGUACACUCACUGAUACAAAUAACAAGCCAGCUCCUGCUGAACCAACAACUAAACAACUCAGUGCUGAACCAGAGAAAAAUCCCAAUACCCUUGUGGAACAAAUCCAACCUACGUCAUCUGAACCCGCAACCCUGCCAAGUACAAUGGAACCAAAGGACCAAUCAGUCAAUAGUGAGCCAAAUACCCAAUCUAAUGCACAAGAACCCUACAAAACCCCUGAUAAUUCAGAGAAGCAAUCAAGCACCAUUGAAAUACCAUCAAAGUCAGACGAUGAUGAACCAAAAACCCUUAUACCAAGUACAAAUCUUCCUGUUGUCUCUGCUGCACCCCCAAUUGUUUUGGCACCAGUUAACCCCUCCAUGCGUCUCCAGGAUGCUAUUCGUGUGAAAGCUGCAGCUAUGUCUUCAAAAGACAGACAAGCCAAAUGUUUUGGUUUGGGCUCCCCUUCCCCAUCUGUAGGCAGCAGCACUGUACCCACCUCCCCUGCAUCGGCCAGCUUCAUUUUCUCCAAGAGUACAAAGAAGGUUGUAAUAGAGACACCGUCAUCCUCAGAGGUUCAGGCUGACCUGAGAAAGACUCUGGUGGCAGAGGUAGCUUCUGUCUCUGAUUCAGCUAAGUCUAGUGAUUUAAACAAGAUGACGACCAAAGUUCCUCCUCCUGUUGCUAAGAAACCCAAAGCAAAGGCUGAAAGCGUCACUCAGAACUCUGCAGAGACCGAGUCUAUAGUUGAGACUGGGCAUGUGCAAACAGAGACUGUACAAACUGCCGGACAGGAAGUACAGAUAGAGACAUCUGAGAGCACAUCAAAUGAAUAAGUCAAUUAAUGUUUGACUGAUUGAUUAACACUUGAGUUUUUGCUUUUUUCGCAAACAAAACCAGGCUUUAGAUAUUAAGACCAAACUAUUUAGCUGAUUUUUCAAAAAGGUUAAUACAAAAAAGUCUUUAUGUACAGAUAUGCAUAUUGCACUUUUUGUACACUGGUUUAGUGUAACUGAUUCCCAUUCAUCAUGGGAAUACCACUGGUAUUUCAAUGUCACUAGUUUUGGGCUUGGUAUGACAAAUAAUCAUGGAAUGAUAAAUAUUCAUAUUUUAUUUAUGUGUCCUCAGUCCUAGAAAGAAGACAUACUACCUUACAGUUUGUCAAAACUUGUCACUCCUGACCAUUAGGCAGUACUGUAAGAAUUGUAAUGAGGCAGUAAGCAGGGAUAAUUUCAACCAUGAGAAGUCAGUCACAGUUUGUUGUGACCAAUAAAACUCAAUGGUUGAAUUUUACAGAGGAAGCCAACCAGACAUUUGUGUAUGCAUGAAUAUAAGAGCAGUAUACAAUAAAAUGAAAUUAAGGUAAAGAAUGUAAGUGAAAGGAAAUAAAGGCUAAAUAAAAAGUGCAAGAAGCCACUUAUUUUGGGCCGGAACAAAAAAUUUGUUUUGUAUUACAACUUUAUAGUUCAUAAUUAUUUAUAAGCCCAAGAUUUAUAGUGUCUUGCUAUCUAUAUAGGAACAUUAAGGUAAGUGUAAGAGAAAAAGGAUGAAUGGAGCAGAGGCAGUGUUUUCUCACAUAAUCGUGAGUGCGCAAGUAGCACCGAGCAGGUGGUCAGACAAUCAUGUAACUGCAAUUGAGCUUAAGCAAAAUGUUUGUCAUAUUUCUGUAAUUAAUGUUGGUCUACUUUGUUUUUAUUUUCAGAAAGAAGUUCGCUAGUUUACAGAGUCAAUGUACAUUACUGUCAAUGGACUGGACAAAUAGAAAAAAAAAUAUUGUUUGCUUUUAAUAUAUGAAAUUUUUCUUAUGCACUAUUCUUACUUUUUUAAAUGUUCCUUUAAUUUCAUCUUUUGUCUUUGAUUAAAAUCUCUUACUAAGGAGAAAAGUCUUAUUUACGUAUCGUUUCAAAACAAGAUUUUGUACAAAAGAAAGUUUAUUCACUGUAAUGUUUCAUCAUGUGACAAGAGUAAAGGCUGUA